UAUUAUUAUUUCCAAAUGAUAAUACCCUUUAUGUGACGUGUGAAUUUAUUUAUGUAUGUCUUUUUAUCUACAUGUAAAUCUUAUUAUAGGUUUAUUGUUUUUGUUUGUUCAUUGGAUAUGUUUGGACGACAAGUGUUACGUAAUAGCAGGUGCUAAGUCUUGGUCUUAUUUGCUAAAUUUAACUGUCCUGUGUUAUGCAAAAAUUUUAACCAAUCAGAGCAGCCCCAUAGGUCGCGUAUUUGUUUGUCUCUGGGUCAAUGUUCUAUUUUUAAAUCGAUUCUGAGAAUUUGUUAGGAUUCGACCAAUCAGCGUGGCUUCUCAUAUCACGUGACUUUGUUGUUUGUUUGUAAAUUAGAGGAGAAGCCACGCUCAAAUAGGCUUAGAAUUAUUUUCGACAAAAAGUUGACAUACCGAUAAUGUAACCACCUACAAGUAGGACUCAUUUCUAAAGACAGUUUUAGGAAGGAUUUCUUCCCCUUUAUCAGUGAGUUAUACUUUGUGUUUUGAUUCAUAUCGGUACAGUUAAAACCGUGGGAGAGUGACUCGUCACAACAUGGCCGAUCCCGCUCCGAAUCGCCUCGGGAUUUGUUUACUUGGACAUUCUUUUAUUUCUCGUUUGGGACGAUAUUUGACUUCUCAUCCUGACCUGAUGAACUUACGUUUAUAUCGUGAACAGUACGAUGUGAUUAUCAGGGCCCGUGGUGGUUUGAGGAUAGCAAGUUUGGCACAUUCUAGGGAUUUAUUGACUUUUGAGGUGACACCGGAUAUUUGUUUUUUACAAAUUGGCGAGAACGACGUUUUGUCAUUUAAUGUGGACACUAUCGUACGUGACAUUGUUGCUCUUGCGUCGUUCAUUCGUUCUGGUAUUGGGAUAAGGACAGUGAUCAUCGGACAAUUACUGCGGCGUCAACCUUGGGCUUCAUCGUCGGAUUUUAACAACAGGAUUGUGGCCAUCAAUGUCAAGUUAAAAACCCAGACGUCAUCACUAGAUGGGGUUUACUUCUGGCAGCAUCGUGGAUUCUGGCAAGAUUUGUCAUUUUUGUGCCGUGACGGGGUGCACCUUCGCUGCUCAACUUCAACGCUCCAUGUUGUGACCUCCUCUCCCAUGCACCGUUUUUGGCGGAGUGUUCGUUCUGCCAUACUACAACACAGGCACUUAUAGGCCAGUAUUGUCUUAUAUUAAUCAUGCCACCAAAGAGAGGACAGAAGUCCCUUGGCCCCCCAGCAAACAAAAGACGGAGGUUGGCCAAUCCUACCAGAGAAAGCACGGACAUACAGACUGUAACAGCCGUACAACCCCAACCUUCAGCUAUUGACUAUGAUAAGUUGGCCCUGGCUAUUAUUAAACACUCCACCCCAGUGAAUGAGGUAGAAAACUCAGUGCAGCAGGAAGUCCCAUCGACUGGUCGACCAAUGAACACUGCGAAUGGAGAGUCAACCGCUACGGCCAAUACCGGUAAUCAAACUUCAGCCAUCUUAGGCCCUUCAUCUGUCCAACCAGAGGAUCAGACGGCCAAUGUGUCUGCUGCAGGAUUAAACGCCCUUCUUGACAGUGUAUUCACAGGUGAGCCAGCAAGGCCAAUUGAAUUGUCAAAUCCGGCUGCCAUCAUUUCUGAUGGUAUUCCUUUAUCUUCAUCUGUGUCAAUCAAAAUCAAAUCAAAAGUAUGGAAUAAUGAAUUUAUUGAUUUCCGCACUCUUUUGAGUACUAGAGAAGAACCAUUAAGUGUUUCAAUUUCUUCGGGUGUCAUUAACUUACAUCAGGGUCCUAAGUUUAAAACCCCAAUUUCCAUUACUCAAUGGACUGAUGCUUUUUUCAUAUUCGCAGCCGUUUACAUUGAGAAAUACCCAACAGAGGCCCCCCAUUUACUUAAAUAUGGGCACACAAUUAGAGAAAUUCACCAGCUUCAUGGUGAUAAUGCUUUUAGGUCAUAUGACGAACAGUUUCGAAAACUUAAAGAGUCCCUGAAUGUUCCAUGGCAGAACACAAUCCAAGAAUUGCGUUUAAAAGCUGCAACAAAUACUAGAACAUUCUCCCCUAAAUUUACACAAAAUUCAAGUCAGCCCUUUCGGAGUAGAUUCUGUUUUCAAUACAACAGGGGAGAACGCUGCACUAGAAAUCCCUGUUCCUUUCGACAUGCUUGCAUGCAAUGUAGGGGAAACCACCCAAAAUCAAAAUGCUUUGAAUCAUCUAAGCAGCUCAAUUUCAGUACUCAAACAAAACCUCCCAACACCAAUCAAGGUAAAAAAUUUGCUUGAAGUUCUUCAAGGUUAUGACGAAGAGAAACUUAGGGUGUUACAAGAGGGUUUUUCAUAUGGUUUUCAUUUAGGAUGUACAGAUCUCCCAAGUUCAAAAGUUUCCCGUAAUCAUAAAAGCGCAGUUGAACAUCCUUCAGUCAUACAAGAUUUUAUAGCUCAAGGUAGAGAAUUAGGCAGAAUAGCUGGCCCCUUUCCCUUCCCUCCAUUUACUCAAUUUGUUUCCUCGCCAUUAGGUGUUGUUCCAAAAUCAGAACCGGGAAAAUUCCGUGUCAUUCAUGAUUUGUCUUUUCCAAAGAGUAAUUCAGUAAACUCAAUGAUACCAGAAGAGAAUUCUAAAGUCACAUAUGAUUCAAUAGAUGAUAUAACUGCUCUUCUUAGAAAGUUUGGUCAAGGUGCAUUAAUGGCAAAAACAGACAUUCAAGAUGCCUUUCGUAUCAUUCCAAUACAUCCUGAUGACUACAAACUCUUGGGUUUUUCUUGGGAAAAUAGUUUUUACUAUGAUAAAUGUCUUCCUAUGGGGGCUAGUAGUUCAUGUCAGAUUUUUGAAUUUCUGAGUUGUGGUUUACAGUGGGCUAUGUGUGAAAAGUUUGCAACAGCAGGAAUGUCUCACAUGCUGGAUGAUUUCUUUUUUAUUGGGCCAAAAGAUUCUUUGAAAUGUCAGUCUGAUUUAGAUACAUUUUUAUUGAUCUGUGAGAAAUCAGGCAUACCUAUAAAAGCGGAAAAAACAGUUUCACCUACUACGGUUUUGACCAUUUAUGGAAUUGAAAUUGAUUCUGUGGCUUUAAUCUGCCGUUUGCCUGAUCUUAAGCUAAUUAAAAUGCGCGAGUGUUUGCGAUUGGCUAAACGAAAACGAACGAUGACCUUAAAAGAACUGCAAUUUUUGAUAGGCCUUUUAAACUUUGCAUGUUUAGUAGUUGUUCCUGGUCGAACCUUUUUACGUCGCCUCAUAGACUUGACCUGUGGCAUUUCACAGCCUCAUCAUCACAUUCACCUGAAUUGUGAGGCAAGGGCAGAUUUAGAUAUGUGGUCUCAUUUUCUGGAGAACUACAAUGGAAAAUCUGUUCUUUUACCAGAAAUUUGGUCAUCCUCGGACAAGGAACUAUUGUUCACUGAUGCAUCAGGUUCUCUAGGCUUUGCAGCAGUUUUAGGUUCACAAUGGUUUGCGUUAAGUUGGGAAAAAGUACCAAAUUUAGCAAAAUGUCAGAUAGCAAUCAAAGAGUUGUUUCCUAUUGUUGUAGCUUUGGAACUUUGGGGCACAGUUUUGGAAAAUAAGAAAAUUCUAUUUAUGACAGACAAUAUGGCCAUUGUACAUGCCAUAAAUAAACAAACUUGUAAAGAUAAAGCUCUCAUGAAACUUAUUCGUCGGUUAGUACUUCAAGCACUCUCACACAACAUUCUGUUUAGGGCAAAACAUAUCGCAGGAAAAUCUAAUACAUUGGCAGAUCACUUGUCACGUUUUAAAUUUCAGGAAGCUUUCCAGGUAGCUCCACACCUCAACCUCACACAGACCAAAGUACCGCACAGACUUUUAGUCAUUUGACACCAAUUAGCAAAAAGCUCUUAGCAUCUGCUUUGUCCACCUCUUCUGCAAUGGCAUAUCGCAGAAGUUGGAAUCUUUUAUUGGGUUGGAAACCUCAACUUUCACUUCCAAUUUCAGUAGUUGAUGUAUGUAACUUUAUUGGCCAAUUAUUUAUUGAUAACUAUUCUCCCAGCACCAUUUUCUCACAUAUAUCAGCCAUCAGUUAUGUACACAAAAUUUUCAAUUUACCUGACCCAACACAAGCCUUUGUGACAAAAAAAAUUUUAAAAGGUUGUCAGGCCAUUGGCCAGAGAAAGGAUACCAGAUUGCCCAUAACUGCCCCGAUCCUUCAAAAAUUACUUUCCGCUUUAGAACACACUGUUUCACAGUACCCCACCAGGCUUCUGCUCCGUGCAGUUUUUCUCUUAGCUUUCCAUGCAUUCCUCAGAUUAGGAGAAAUUACAGUUAAAUCUCUAAAAUCCAAGCAUCAAGUAUUGCAGAGGUCAGAUGUCACAUUCAAUCAAAGUUCAUUAAGUGAAGUACAAAUCAUUAUGAGGGACUACAAAACAAAUAAACAUAAAUCCCCACUUAUUAUUUCAAUCCAAGCAGGUCCAGAUUCUGCUUAUUGCCCAGUAAAAGCACUACACAAUUACCUGCAAUUGUUUCAACACACAUCAGGCCCGUUAUUUCAAACUUUGGAUGGCCUACCAAUCACAUACUCUAUGAUUACCUCCCAUCUUAGAUCCGCCAUUCAAUUUAUUGGUCUUAGCACGGAACAUUUUAAGGGCCAUAGUUUCAGAAUUGGGGCAGCAACACAUGCAGCUUCUCUAGGUUUCUCAGACCAAGUCAUUCAAAAAUUAGGUCGGUGGAAUUCUGAUGCUUUUAAACACUACAUUCGGAUACAGUCAUUUAAACUCUGAUCAUUUUAUUAAACCUCAAUUGCAGUGUAUUCUUAUAAUCUACAGUACAGAAGUUUUCUGCUGUCCCUUGUAGGUUCAUUAUUAUUAUUAUCAAGUCAGUACAGAAGUUUUCUGCUGUCCCUGUUAGGUUCAUUAUCAUCAUCAAGUCAGUACAGAAGUUUUCUGCUGACACAUUUUCCCCCAUCAUUUUGUUACUGAUGUUGCUUUGCUGGCCGCCACGUUUAUGUACUGUACAAUAUGAUAUUGCUUUUAGUCUUGACAAUGUACUUCACAUGCUUUUUAUAAUUUUUCUGUCACCAUGAUACAGUGUCAAUUCAUCAGAACACUGUGUCGUGAUGAUAAAUGUUUAUACUAUGUACGGUAUAUAAUUGGACAUUGUUAGCGAUGUGGCUUUGCUAGCCAUCACGUUUAGCAAAAACUGCAAAAUGUGAGAUUGAUGUGACAUGACAAUGUAUUUUACAUCCUUUGUAUCGUUUUUCUGUCAACAUGAUACUGUGCCAUUUAUUAGAACUGUGUGUCCUGAUGAAAUAUACUUUUGAUGUUGCUAAUCCUUUGAAUAUGUUUAUGUCUUAUGUUACAUGAACUUCCCUGUAGUAGUAUAAAUUAUUGUAAACCAAAGAACAAAGACUACUUGUUGGUACAGAAAUAUUCUGCUUUCAAGUUAUAUGUACUUUCUUACUACUUUUAAUUACAAGAUAUACCCUAUAUGUCUAAUAUUUUGUUUUGUAUAACCCUACUCCUGGGUCUGUAAAUUUUGUAUAUAUGUUCCUACUUUAUUUCGUUUUAACAAACAACUUUUAUUUCUUAACGUUAUUAUUAGCCAAAACUCCUUUGGGUGGGGGGAUCCAAUUUGCAAUUGGAUUGUGGCGUUUUUUAUAUUUUGUAUAUCCCACCCUUUUUUGAUGAUUGGCCUAUCAGGGCCAUACUUUUCUAUGUUUUUUAUGUAGGGGGUCAGAUGCUAUAUUAUAUGUUGCCAAAUAUUUUGAAAAUGUAUCAGCGGUGUUUUUCUAGUCCCGUCUGACCCCCUCAAUAUUUACUGUUUUUUAGAUAUUCGUCAUUUAUUUGAAUAAAUGGCCUAUUUUCAUCUUCAACUAUGUUAUGUGUUUCUAUUUUCAUCAAAAAAUCUAGUGCAGUCGUCUUGUCUCUUAAUAACAAAGGAACAUAAAAUAGUUAUUAUUAUUUCCAAAUGAUAAUACCCUUUAUGUGACGUGUGAAUUUAUUUAUGUAUGUCUUUUUAUCUACAUGUAAAUCUUAUUAUAGGUUUAUUGUUUUUGUUUGUUCAUUGGAUAUGUUUGGACGACAAGUGUUACGUAAUAGCAGGUGCUAAGUCUUGGUCUUAUUUGCUAAAUUUAACUGUCCUGUGUUAUGCAAAAAUUUUAACCAAUCAGAGCAGCCCCAUAGGUCGCGUAUUUGUUUGUCUCUGGGUCAAUGUUCUAUUUUUAAAUCGAUUCUGAGAAUUUGUUAGGAUUCGACCAAUCAGCGUGGCUUCUCAUAUCACGUGACUUUGUUGUUUGUUUGUAAAUUAGAGGAGAAGCCACGCUCAAAUAGGCUUAGAAUUAUUUUCGACAAAAACCCUCCAUCCACCCCUUUCUUCCACCUUAUGUUUUAAUUUAACUUUAAUUAUGUUUGCGUUUUUUAUAUUUUGUAUAUCCCACCCUUUUUUGAUGAUUGGCCUAUCAGGGCCAUACUUUUCUAUGUUUUUUAUGUAGGGGGUCAGAUGCUAUAUUAUAUGUUGCCAAAUAUUUUGAAAAUGUAUCAGCGGUGUUUUUCUAGUCCCGUCUGACCCCCUCAAUAUUUACUGUUUUUUAGAUAUUCGUCAUUUAUUUGAAUAAAUGGCCUAUUUUCAUCUUCAACUA